AUGGCGCUGUGGCUAGACCUUUCACUGAUACUGCCUUACACAGAUUCUGUAGCUGCCACAGAGGGACGUCAGCAGCAGGGGAGCCAACUCACUACAACAUCAACUCAAGAUGGCGCUGUGGUCGGACCUUCCACGAAUACUGUAGAUGUUGCAGAAGGAAGUCAGCAGCAGGGGAGACAACUCAAUACAUCAACACAAGAUGACGCUGCGGCAAGACCAUUCACAGAUACUGUAGCUGCCACAGAGGGACGUCAGCAGCAGGGGAGACAACUCGCUACAACAUCAACACAAGAUGGCGCUGUGGCUAGACUUUUCACAGAUACUGUAGCUGCCACAGAGGGAAGUCAGCAGCAGGGGCCACAGUCCAUUUCCACAACAACCCACAACUACUUUGGUUCUACAGUUUCACAUUAUGACCUGUCCAACUCCUCUAACGUGGCAAUGGGGGAUGGCAGACAUCAAGGCUGUAUAUCUCAAGAGUGUCUCAGUGUUAGGAUCAACCAGCUCAGUGAUAUGUUUGUGGAAACCCAUGCUCUUGACAAAGCAAAAGAACUUCUGAAAAGACACAACCACGUGGCCAUCUGCGGAUCCCCUGGAGACGGGAAAACUAGUGCUGCUCUCAGGAUCUGUGAAGCGUAUAUGAAGAAAAACUUGGAGAAGAUACACAAAAUGUUCAAUGCCUUGGUUGAUGUUUUACUGCGCUUUACAAGAGACAAGGAACUGAAAGCCAAGGAAAAUCAACCCCAGAAGAAAAUUAACAAAAGAAGGAAGAAGGAAGAUGAGAAGCAAUGUGAAGAUGAAAAGACACCAGUGUGUAACUACAAGCUUCGCUUUAUAUUCACAUCCAGAAGCUACAACUGGAAUGAAGGAUGUGCAAGACUACAUCAAUUCAAAGUAAAUCUGUUUAAGCCUGAAACCAUUGUUGAUAUGAUCAAGACUUGUUUAACCACAGAAGAAAAGAAACAUAUUCUGACAUUGUUCAGGAAAUGCCAAAUGUGCGAUAUCUCCAAUAAGGACAUGAAAACCAUUAUUCAGUUACAAGACAGCAUGUUUGGAUUUCCUCUGAUCUGUAAACUGUAUUGUACCAACCCAGCCUUCCAGAUGCACAACAUUAUUGACUUCUUCCAGAAACCUGUGACCUACCUGAGAGGUGACCUUGACGCCAUUGUCCGUGAAGGCAGCAGCAAGUCGGCAGCUCUAGUUCUCCUCGUCCUGUGUGGAGGGAAAUUGAACCUUGCCUCUUUUAAGGGGAAGGAGAAGAGUCUCACUGAUCUAUUUCAGGCUGUAAAGGAGGAUGUCGCGUGUUGCACUCGGACAGACAUUGGCAGGGAGAUCAGCAACUUUACUGGCACCUACUGUACAGUGGAGAAUCAUGUAGCCUCCUUCUCCCAUCCAUCCAUCUAUGAUGCUGCAGCAUGUGCCUUGGGGAAUCUCAAUGAAGAUUUUUUACUGGAACAUUGUUCCCUGCAGUUUUUAUAUGAAAGAGUGAGGCUGAACAAGGAUGAUCACCAGCAGACAACACACACCGAUGAUGUCACAAACAUGAUCUACAUCACCUCAAGUCUCCACCCGUUAGUGAUCAGCAGAUUGGUGGAGGGUGUCCGAGAAGGAUGCUUCAGAUGGACAGUAGGCCACCCUGUAUUCAGCAGUGCUCAAAUAGUCUCCGACUUCUUGACACAGAUGAUGGCAGACUUGCCAGAUGUUGUUCACAGGAAGGAUAAGAGCUCAGGUGAAUGUUUUCUAUACUGGGUUUCACUGUCAACUAACCAUUCACUGUUUGAACACACAGUGUCACUGAUGUGUAGAGAGGGAAGCCUUUCACAUUCUGUACUCGCUGACUUCUAUGAGAGUAUCAUAGGCUGUACACAACAUGGCAAUCUUAGGCACCUGCAACAUAUUGCUGCUGUACUCAAACAACGUGGGGAAUACGAUGUAGACAGGAGGACAAGGGGAGAGAGGACUCCGCUGAUGAUUGUUGCUGAAGCAGGACAGUUAGGUGUGUUCAACUUCCUCCUCCAAGAAGGAGCUGAUGUUUCAGCGACAGACAAAGAUCGUUACAACUGUCUUCAUCUUUCAUGUAAAUCAGGAAGCAAAGAUAUAGUAAAUGUUAUCAUUGAGAAGUUUCAACACCUCAUCAAUAGUCUCGAUAGUAAGGGAAACACCCCUGUUAUGGUGUGUGCUGAGUCAGGGCAGGUUGAAAUCCUCAAGUUCCUUGUUUCACACAAAGCAGAUCUUACUCUCGUGAACGAUGACAAGCUAAACGCUUUCCACAUAGCAUGUAUCAACGACUAUGUAUCAGUUGUAGAGUAUAUGCUGAUAUGUGAACACAUAACCAUAGAAAUGCGAGGAGGGUUGGGGUAUCAAUCAACAGUCAUGAUGGCAGCUGAAAGAGGACACUCUGAUGUUUAUAAUCUUCAUGUGUUGGAGGGAGCUGAUCUGUCACUUACUGAUAGAUACAAAAGUGACUGCCUGAUGUUGGCAAGUGAGGGAGGUAACGUGUCUAUAGUGAAACACCUCCUGUCAUUAAAAACAUUUGACAUCAACAGACAAGGGGGGUGGUCUAAACAAACAGCAGUUAUGAUGGCAGCUGCAAGAGGACAGUAUGAUGUUUAUAAUCUGCUUGUGUUGGAGGGAGCUGAUUUGUCACUAACUGAUGGAGAAAACAGGGACUGCCUGAUGUUGGCAAGUGAGGGAGGUAACGUGUCUAUAGUGAAACACCUCCUGUCCUUGAAAACAUUUGACAUCAACAGACAAGAGCUGUGUUCUAAAAAAACAGCAGUUAUGAUGGCAGCUGCAAGAGGACAGUAUGAUGUUUAUAAUCUUCAUGUGUUGGAGGGAGCUGAUCUGUCACUUACUGAUUUAUUCAACAGUGACUGCCUGAUGUUGGCAAGUGAGGGAGGUAACGUGUCUAUAGUGAAACACCUCCUGUCCUUGAAAACAUUUGACAUCAACAGACAAGAGCUGUGUUUAAAAAAAACAGCAGUUAUGAUCGCAGCUGAAAGAGAACACUAUGAUGUUUAUAAUCUUCUUGUGUUGGAGGGAGCUGAUUUGUCACUAACUGCUGAAUACAACAUGGACUGCCUGAUAUUGGCAUGUAAGGGAGGUAACGUGUUUAUUGUGAAACACCUCCUGUCCUUGAAAACAUUUGACAUCAACAGAAGAGUGGGGUGGUCUAACCUAACAGCAGUUAUGAUGGCAGCUGCAAGAGGACAGUAUGAUGUUUAUAAUCUUCAUGUGUUGGAGGGAGCUGAUCUGUCACUAACUGGUCGAGAUAACAUGGACUGCCUGAUGUUGGCAUGUGAGGGAGGUAACGUGUCUAUUGUGAAACACCUCCUGUCCUUGAAAACAUUUGACAUCAACAGACGAGGGGGGUCAUGGAAACUAACAGCAGUUAUGAUGGCAGCUGAAGGAGGACACUAUAAUGUUUAUAAUCUUCUUGUGUUGGAGGGAGCUGAUCUGUCACUAACUGGUCGAGAUAACAAGGACUGCCUGAUGUUGGCAUUGGCCUUACUUCCUCAACUCAAUCAGUGUCCGUGGUUUGUCUUCAAGUGGCCUUACUUCCUCAACUCAAUCAAUGUCCGUGGUUUGUCUUCAAGUGGCCUUACUUCCUCAACUUGA